UCAAUUAGCCUGUGAAGGCAACACAGGCUCGGUCAUGUGAUCAGCUGUGUCCAAUCACAGCUGAUCACAUGAGACAUGUACACUGAUCAUCAGGGCACUGAUGAUCAGUGUGCCCUGAUGAUCUGUGUAGCCCCAGCAGUGCCAGCUGUCAGUGUCCAUCAGUGCCACAUCAAUGCCACAUAUCAGUGCCUACCAGUGCACAUCAAUGCCACAUAUCAGUGCCCAUCUGAGCUGCCUUUCAGUGUCACCCAUCAGUGCCACCUAACAGUGCCAGUCAGCGCUGCCAAUCAGUGCCACCUAUCAGUGCCAGUCAGUGUCGCCUAUCAGUGCGCAUCAGUGCCAGUCAGUGCCACCUAACAGUG